UACAAAUUAUAUUAGUGUUGCCAUUUUUGUAACUGUAAUGUUACAGUAUCUUAUUUGAACUGAGGAACGGAAUGACUUUACUCCUGCAUGACUUCAUUACCCAAACAACACUUCGCAGACAUAAGACUCAUCACCGUAUUAUUGCGGAAGUGUUGAGGMAGGAUUAUAACUAUAGCUCAGUGGAUUAUAAUCACAGAGUUUCUGAUUUCGAUUUUCACAGCUCUGUCGCUUCUGUAAAAUAUAGAUGGUCAUUUUGCUAUAUCUCUGAAUUCUAAAGAAACACGGGAUAUGGCAGCUUUAAAGUAUGCUGGUAUGGACGAUACAGACAGCGAGGAUGAGCUGCCCCCAGGAUGGGAAGAGAGAUCUACGAAGGAUGGAUGGGUUUACUAUGCGAAUCAUGAGGAAAUGAAGACUCAGUGGGAUCAUCCCAAAACAGGGAAGAAGAGACGCUGUGCUGGAGAUCUACCGUAUGGAUGGGAGCAGGAGAUGGAUGACAAAGGACAAAUCUUCUAUGUGGAUCACAUUAACAAGAGGAAGACCUACUUUGACCCGCGGCAGGCGUUCACUGUGGAGGACGUGCUAGUGAAGCCGAAGCGUUACGAUGGGAAUACUGCAGCCCUGGAGAUUCUGCAGGGUCGUGACCUCUCAGACAGGGUGGUCCUCAUCACCGGGGGAAACUCUGGCAUCGGUUUUGAGACAGCCAAGUCGUUUGCCCUCCAUGGGGCCCAUGUGAUCCUGGCCUGUAGGAAUCUCUCCAAGGCCAUCAAGGCUGUCAGCCUCAUACAGCAGGAGUGG